AUGGAGCCUGACGUCAUCCGCUUGUACUCGUCGUCCCCGCCGCCGAUGGAGGAUGCCGAGGAGGAAGACGAGGAUGAGUUCGGCGACUUCGGCGGCUUCUCGACUGUGUCGGCCAGCGUCAGCUUCUCCGAGUUGGACGCGCCGGAACAGGCGCACGCGCCAGAUGCCACCUCGCCGCCCGAGCUCCUUAAUGGCCGUACUGCCGUGCCGGGGAUGCGGCAUGAGGUAAAGGCCAACGGCGUGGCUCCCGGGAGCCACCCAGCGCUUAUUCUCGGCGGCGACCACACAGACUUGAAGAAACCGGACCCUCAUAUCGCGGACGGCGAGAUCAUCACCAACGGAUUCACUACGUCAGAUGUCAAGCCGGGUCCACAGAUGUUUGUCCGUCGUCACGCCGACAGUGACAAUGGAAGCGUGGACGGCGUGGAGACAGAGUUUGCUGAUUUUGCCGCAUUCUCGAACACUGACCGCCAGGGAUGCGUCUCGCGGUGCGUAGACGGAACGAAUGCAGAUGAAGCGACACCUAACUCUGAGGCCAAGCCUCUUUCUGUAUCACGCAACACUCAGCCGGACUCCGAAAGAAGUGACGCUGAUUUUGCACACCACGCGGUCGUUACUUGCACAAAAGAACCUCACGACGGUGUCCAGUGCGACGGCGUCUGUCUCAAUGGCGUUGACGACAUCCGUGCGGAAUCCCCGAGUGUCAAUGACGCCUCGCAUCUGAAUGGCGUCUCUAUUGACGAAGGCGCCGGUGUCUCGUCGCCGUCGGACGAAAGGAUCUCAGAGACUGAAACGGAGACGUCGUUAGGCCGUCCGUUGUCCACGGACGCCUUGGAGGAAUACGGUGACAUGAGCACGACGGGCUCCGCUCCGUCACCGCCGCCCCUCCAGGAAGAGAACGCCGACCACAGUCAGCUGGAGGACGAUGAGGAGUUUGGGGACUUUGGAGAUGCGGGCUCAUAUGGCGAGCAGGCCUUUGUGGACUUUAACCACCAAGAAGUGUGCCCGCCGCAAGCCGACGACUCUUUUGGCGAAUUCAACGCGCCCAAACUUGAUGAGGAGGGAGGAGACUCUUUGGUCAGUUCCUCAGGCACCGACGGUGAAUGGAAGGCAUUCGGAGAGGCGGCGCAGGUGACGGAAGGCGAGUCAACAACCACCGAAUCGUGGGCGGCGUUCGGCUCGGAGGGCGCCGCCGAGGAGUCAUGGCACGAGGCAGAAACUUCCUCUACCGUUGACCAGGACAACAGCAGACACACCAAUGAGGUGCUGUGGAGUCGGGUGGAAAAGUUAUUGGAGGCCAGCUUCCCUCAGCCCGCCAGGUGCCCCUCGCCCUCUGCUGAGGAGCGCAUAGUGUCGCUCAAGACUCUUCUGAAGGCACCUGAGGAUGUCAGCAGUGCGCUCCAUGGCGGCGUGUGGUCGCAGCUUCAAGACAUUCAUGAGGCGGUAGGCCUCAGACAUCAGUGGGGGGGCUCCUACUGCAACAAAACUCUGCUCAGCUGUCUUGGCAUCGACACGCGGAACAUUCUGUUCACGGGACAGAAGAAGCAGCCGCUCAUUGUGCCCGUCUACGCCGCCAGCCUGGGGAUGUUGGAGCCCACCAAAGAGCCUGUGAAGCCCAUCUCAGCUGCGGAAAUGAUCGCCUCCAUUGCACAAGCACCAGCAGAGGCUCCGGACUGCAACUCCUGCCCCACGGAUGCUGUCCAGGAAGUGCUCCCACCCGUCCAGUUUGACUGGAGCAGCAGUGGCCUUACCAACCCUUUGGAUGCCAGCGGCGGUUCCUUCCUGCUAAACCUGGACUUUUUUGGUCCCGUGGACGACUCGGGCUCGUCGUGCUCGCCCGCCAUCCCAGGCGUGGACCCCGAGCUAGUGGAGCUGACCACGGCCAAGAUGGACUCCGGCGGUACCGGCAGCCGCGUGGUCGACGCUUUUGCCCGCCUCAUGUCCACCAUGGACAAGACCAGCACCUCCACCAGGAAGCCGCGCAAGGACGAGAAACUAAGCUCUGAGGCGGCCGAGGUUAUCGGCGGCCUCCCUGACUUGUCCUUCAUGAUGGCCAAGGUCCUGAUGUUCCCCGCCACGCUCACGCCGCUCGCCUCACGGGCUGCGCCCGACUGA